AAUCCUACAAGGAGCACCACCAGGCAGUGCUGAACCACCAACCGGAAAGAGGGAGGAGCCGCAACGGAAAGUCGGAAACGCAAGGAGGCAACCAACCAAACAAAUUUCCACUCCAAAACGAGCACCAAAUCCACAACGCACGCUUUCCCCUCCUCGCGCGUCGUCCUCCUCCUUCCGGCUGCUUCGAAUCCGCGCGGGCGGCGGACCGGAUCCCGCUCCAUGGCGGAGGGCUUCGGGCGGUGGGAGUCGGAUCCGCUCUUUCCCGCUGCCGAGUGCGUGCAGGACUCUGCCGACAGGAUGGAGGGUGUCUACCGCUUGCUCUUGCAUGAAAGGAAAGUUAUGCAGGAUGGUACUUCAGAUGCGAAGUUUCAUGCUCCAGUGCAGUAUGAGAGAGAUGUGAUUACUGCUCUCGGAACUACCAAAUGGCAGUUGGAGCAAUUUGAGAGGGAGGUGAAUGCAGCUGCAUUCUCUGACAAGUCAAAGUCAAGGGAAAAUGCAAUCUUGAAAUUUAGGCAAUUCAUUAGAGCUAUAGCUGAGCAGAUUUCUCAGGUGGAAGAAAGUUUGGAGAAUCUUAGGAUUUCCAAUAAAACUCCAAAACAUUUAUACUCAAGUGAACAUGAUGGAGAUGGGCUGGCAUCUUUUCUUUGUGGCAGCAACAAGGAUGACCAUGCAUAUUAUUCCACUGGUACAGAUGAAAUUGUUGAGCUUAAGCUCGACAAUGCUCCUAGAGUAAAUGGUUAUCAUUCCACUGAAGAACAUACAGCAUAUGAACCCAGAUACUCAGAAAAGGAUGUGGAAGGAGCAACCAAACUUCAAUGUUCAAGUGGAGAAAGUGCACAUGAAGGGGAUCAUAACAAUAGCAGUAUGUAUAGUUUUGAUGCUGAUGAUUCUGUAGGUAGGAGCCAUUUUUGCAAAAACAAACUGAGCAGACAGUACCGUAGUUUUGUAAGAAACUUAUGGUUUACAAAGCAAGGCCGUGAGAGCUUUACAAAGAGGAGGAAGGAUGGAGAAUAUACGGAUAGCUUGAGAAAUGGAGAUCCACUACCUUCUUUCAGCCGACCUCCAUCUGGAAGGGCUAUGUACUUCUGGCCGGAGCUCAUCAAGAGAAGAUUAAGUAGAUCUGAGUGCUUUACAAGUCACAAUUAUUCUCAAAUUCGUUUAGCAACAGCAAUCUUAACUGCACUUGCUGUUCUCUGCUUGCUGGUAUCCCACGUGAGAUGACUGAUCAGUAUCCAGUUUUGGUGCGUAUUAUGUAUGUAUUUCCACGAUCCACGGUGUACUGUGCCAAGCUGUCAUGCCGUGCAUACCGAGGUUUGUAAACGUCUGCGCAGUUGAUAGCUGUGGUCACUUGUGAUUAGCGUGACCCAUCAUCAACACUUCCCAAAAUUUUCCACUAAUCCACAUUUUUUGUUCAAAGCUGCCACAUGAUGUACUGUAGUAUUUGCUCAUCUUACUGGUAUAACUCAGAAUUGCCAGAUCGGUGAGAUUGAAAUCCGGGUGUUUAUUUCUGGGAAGCAGUUUACUUGUGUUAAUAUAUUCUUAUGAAAGGCACACUUGAAUCGAACUGAUUCAUUGUAUUGUACCUAGUUUGUAACUGCCCCAGUGCCCCUGCCUGGGAUAUUGUAUUAAAUUUGGUUUUUUGUGGAA